CGUCACCAGAUGUUCAUUUCGCGAAAAAAACGUUUCUGAACACUCAAUUCGCGGAAAAAAUGUCACCAGACGUUCAUUUUGCGGAAAAAGCGUCUCCAGACGUUCAAUUCGCGGAAAAAACAACACCAGACGUUCAAUUCGUGAAAAAAGCGUCUCCAGACAUUCAAUUCACGAAAAAAAUGUCACCAGACGUUCGCGGAAAAAAUGUCACCGGAU